AUGACUUUGGCUGAUAUGUGUUUUACAUAUUUGAAUCAGACACCAAACUGGUUGCCAAAACCACCAGGAAGUGUAACACUUUAUUCGAAUGAGGGUGCAGCUCUGGCAGCAUUGAUUGUCGAACGAGUUACACAAAUGUCCUAUGAACAAUAUGUCAAAGAAAAAAUUAUCAAACCGUUGAGUAUCGAUGCCACCAAAACAGGCUUUCGUCUGGCUGAUUUUGAAAAUAGAGAAGAACUGGUCGAACAUUAUUUAUAUGCAUUCAAUGUGUCCUUUCUUGAAGCAUGGAAGCAAGCAAUGCCACAAUUGAAUAUCACACAGAUACCGGGUAAUUUUCCCACUUGGCUUCGCAUCCCGUUCUUCAGCGUUAUCGACUAUCCUGCUGGUCUCUUGAGAAUGUCGGCACGUUCUCUAUCCGUAUUCCUUCGUAUGUUCAUCAACAAUGGUUCCUCUCUUCUUCAUCCUCGUUCUAUUCUUGAAAUGCGAAAGGUCGUCGGUGACGGUAACAUCCCUUACUACGAUCCAAAUCCAUCCAGUAAUAAUACAUCGCCAUUACUAACACACUAUGGUCUCAUUUGGUAUUGGCAAACUGCGAGUAAUGGUCGUCGAUAUAUCGGUCAUGGCGGUACACUACCAGGGAAUAAUAGUUAUAAUUGUUAUUAUUAA